UUGGACACUGCCGUGAUGCACAGCCAGCUGGUCCAAGCAGCCGAGGAGAACCUGGAGGACUCCAGUGCCGACCUCUCAACGUCCCAGCUCUCGGCCGACGUCCACCACCAAGUCACCGUCCUCAUAGAGACCGUGGAGACCCGCAUCAGCAUCGUCCAGAAGCUGGGGCAAAGAUGGAAGGACCUGGAGGACCGGAAGGCCAGAUUGGGGGAGUGGCUUGAGCAGGCCAGGGCACGGGAGGAGGAGGAGAGACUCAAACCUGCCGACGUGGAGGUGGCUAAGGCCAAGUCUCACCUCGAUCAUAUCAAGGACUUUCUUGAAGAGGUCAAAUCCAAGCAGGCAGAGCUCUCCGAGAUCCAAGCCGAGCGAUCCCACCUCUGCCACCGACCCGACCCAGACCUGGACUCUCUAGACCAGGACAUCAAGACCCUGGCUAACCUAGUAGAGCAGCUGACAGAUGCUCGUCAGACAGAGCUGGAGGAUGCCAAGAGUUACAAGGAGGCAAGGACAGCGGUGGAGGAGGUCUUGAAUGAGGCGGUGAAAGACAUGGACGAGAUGGAGAAAGAUGACUUCAUGGCCACGCAGGAGAAGCUGGACAAAUACCAGAGAACUGCAUCUUUAUUGGCUGAGAGGACUGAACUUGAUGCCUUGAGGGAAUCCACGAGACGAGUCUCAGGAUCCACCAGCCCCAAGGAGAGAAACGCAGUUCAAGAAUUCUUCAGUGAGAGCACAGAAAGAUGGGUCAGUCUAGGAGAGCGAGCUCGCACAGGCACCCACACACUCCAGCAAACCCUGACAGACUACAACGCCUUCAUGGACAAAGCCAAGGAAUCCAGGACUUGGUUGAAGGGAACAGAGGAGUCGAUUGCCGUGGGUGAGAUGGUGGGGCCUGGAGUGGUGGAGGCUCAGGAGAUGCUGGAUGCUAACCAGGCCAUCUGUUCAGACAUUGCCAGCAAGAAGGCUGUCUUCCUGCUGAUCAGCAGCCAGGCAGACAAACUCUGCCAGGGACUGAGCCACAGGGAGCGGGAGACAGUACAGAAUCACAUACAGCAGAUUGGCACUCACAUUGAAUCACUGGAACAUAGAGCGUCAGAGAGGCAAAAGAUCCUACAGACUUGCGUCGUGGAAAGAAGGGAAUUCUGGCAGCAGUUCCAGGCAUCUGCAGACUGGAUUCAGGAGAAGGAACCAUUGAUUCUACACAAGGAGUGCCCUGGACUACAGGUGUCGGCCGUGGUGCAACAGGUCUUUGAAGCAAAGUCUGAGCAAGAGCAGCUGAAAACACAGCAUCCACACUUGCAGCAGGUCGUGUCCAAGGGACAAGCACUGUUCCCUCGCUGCACUGAAGAGCAAAGAAAUCAACUCCACUCACAGAUAAACGAUUUGCAGCGGCGCUACAGCACUUUACAGGACACGACGACUGACCGUCUGGACCUACUUGGCAAACAUCUUGCCAGGACAAAGCGAUUUGAGACAGACGUCGCAAAGAUCGAAAGUUGGCUGAGUGCCGGUGAACCCGUCGCUUUCACUCCCAUCAUCCUACAGUGUCCUCUUGAGGACAUGAAACAGCAGCGAGAGCAGUUUCAGGACAUCUGUGAUGAUUCCAACACCUACAAGAACCUUGUGGAUUCCCUGUGUGCUCAAGCCUCCGACAUCUUACCUGAGUUAGAUCCCAACGAUAAGAUCAUCAUGGAGGAACAGCUGCAGUCCCUGCGAGAAAAGUGCGAAGAAGUGAGCACCAAAUCAUCCGCUAAGCAGUACCACCUUGCAGACUCCAUCCAACAGCGGGAGGCUUACGAGGCACAGCUUGCAGAUCAAGACACUGAGCUGGCAGACCUGCAGACCCUGACUAAACUUCUGGAGGAUCCAAUCAGUCAGGAUGUUGAACGGGCCACAGACCAGCUACAGAAGGCCAAGGACAUCCAAGCCAAAGUCUUGAACCAGCAGCCCAAGAUGGACAAUCUCCACGACAACCAUGCUGCCAUGGCAACCAAUGGCCAGGUGGAACACACAGACGACGUCUCCCGAUUGGACAAGAUCUAUGAGGACUUACUCAACCGGACCUCGUCGAGAUGCUCGGCGACGGAGGAAGCAGUACAGGUCAGGGAGGCUUAUGCUGAUAACGUCAAGGAUCUACAGGAUUGCCUGGAGCAGUGUGCCAGCGAGAUGCCAGCCCUGCAAGAACCGGGGAUGGUGACCGAGGAGAAACUGGAGAAAUGUCAGGCCCUAUUAGUAAAACUUGACAAACAGCUACCCACCCUGACGACUCUGGACUCUCAAGCCCAAGACAUCAUCCAAACUGCUGACAAGACUGACCACCCCGUCGUCACCGCCACCAACCUCAAGCUCAAACAGGACCUUAAGGCCACCGUCGACAGCCUGAAGGAGAACCAGCUGGUCUUGGAACAGAUGAGAAGCGACAAGGAGGAUUUAGGGAAGGAGGUUGAUGGGUGUUUGGCACGACUAAAAGAGGCUGAUAGGGAGAUGAGAGAGACGAGUCCCAUUGGCUUGCCAGUAGAGAGCGUGGAGGAAGAACUUAACAAGCAUGAGCUUUCACAGCCACCUCUCGACAAGCAGCUCCAGCAAGCCCAGGCCCUCAUUAUCAGCAUCAACGCCAAGUAUGCCGAGCUCCAAGAGCCCAUCCCCGCUACCCUCCAAGCGGACUUGGAGAAGAUGGAUGCCUUACACUCCCAGCUCCUCCACGCCACCAAGGAGAAGGCUGGCAGGCUUCAGGAGGCGUUGAGUCUCAGGGAGGACCUGGAGAGAGGACAGGAGGCGGUCAGGGAGUGGCUGGAUGCUGCCGAGGAGAAGCUACUGGAGGAAGAGGAUGGAGUGGAUUUUGAGAACGGACACGACCAGCUCCAGAAACACAAGCUUCUCUUUGCCAAGGAAGCAAUCUGCCAGAGCAAACUGGACGAGGUCCAGGACAUUGCCGAGAAGAUCCUGCCAUCUCUCAGCCCAGAAGAUGCCGCUAAGCUGAAGACAGACCUCAGAGAUCUUGCCUCCCGGCUAGCCAACACGGCCAGCCGAGCCAGGAAUGUCGAAGAGCAGCUCCAGGACGGCGUCAACAACUGGCAGGACUUCCAGGCCGGUGCGGCGGAGCUGAAGAGCGCCCUCACUGGUCUAGGAGAGAGAGCUUCGUACCAGUCGCCGACUAGCUUGGCCGCAGCCAGGGACAACGAGCAACUCAGUCAGGAAAUAGCCGAAGUGAUGCAAACCACGAAGAACCAACUUGAUUCCCUGAAACAGCAAGCUGAAAUAUUGGACAAGCAGGGGAACGAACCGGGCAAGGCAGCUGUCCAGAAAAGGCUUCGUGACCUGGAGGGCUUGGCAGACAGGCUGCAAGACCAGGCAUCCACUGAUGACCAGAGGAUCAAGAGACAAUCAGCAGGCUGGCAGGAUUACCAUCAUGCUUUGCAGGAGGUCACGGAGGUCAUAUCAGUUGCAGAGAGAUGCUUGCCUGUGUCGGUUUCGCCAAGCGUCGGAAACGAAGACCUGAUCGGCAAGCUGGAUGCUGCAAAGGAGAGUAAUGCCAAGAUUGUCGAUGGGGAAACCAACCUCAUGAGACUACAGCAAGCUGGUCAGAGGCUACUGGAGGAUCUUGAUGAUCCUAGACUCUCUGAGCCAGUCAGAGAGGAGAUGGCUGCUGUACAGGACAAACACGACAGGUUACAAGCCGCAGCAGCUGAGACGGAAUCCUCCCUGGAGAAGGAGCUCGAGGACAGACGAGUCUUUGCCUCGCAGGUGGAAGAUGUCUUGAAGGAUCUGAACCAACUCUUGAGCAGACUGGCCGAGCUGGUCCAAAGCGUAGGCCCUGAACUGAAAGAUGUGGAAGAGAAGAUGAACAGACAAAAGGACAUGGCAGAUGAGCUGAGCGCCUUGAACGAGGCAUCUGAAACCCUAGCCGACACCCAGCAGUCCAAGUACGACACCCUCCAAGCCACGCCCCCUCCAGAGGUGGCCGAGGAGAUCGAGAAGCUCCGCCUCCAGCAAGCCCAGAUCGCCGAGGCCAUGAGGGAUGCGGAGAAGAACCUGGAAGGGGCAGAGACGCUGAGGCAAGACUUCAGUGACAAGGCGAAGAGGGUGGAGGAUAUCUUGGGAGAAGUGGCGGGGACUGUGCAGGAGAGGGUCGCCGAUGUGCCUGAAGGAAAGAGAGCUACACAGGAAGCUCAGGAGACCCUUCAAGAAGCCAAAGCUUUGCUGGAUGUCCUCCAUCACCAGGCUCACAGCCUGGCAGACCAAACCAAUCAGCCGGUCGAGAAACAACGGGUCGUCGCCACGGUAAACGACCUCCAACAACAGGUCACGGAAGUGGACAGGUCCGUGUCUGUAAAAGUCACCGAGCUGACGGAAGCGGUUGCAUUAUGGGACGAGUACCACGAGGCCCUGGACAAUGUGGCCUCGUGGGUAGCUGAAGGGAGCAAUGUCACUGAACCUGAACUUGUCAUGACGAGUCCGCAGGUCGUACAGUCUCAGCUGGAUUCACAUAAGAAUGUCUUAGCUGAUGUUCCAGACAUCACUGACAAACUGGACACCCUGACCUCAACCACGGCAGCCCUCUCACACGUCUGCGACACCCAAGAUCUCUCCCAGAAGGCAUCCUCUGUGUCCGAGCAGGCCGGCGAGAUGGAAGCCAUCACGGAAGAAAGGAAAACGGUCCUGGAAGAGGCUGCUAAACAGUGGGAGGAGCACAAGGAGGAGAUAGGGGAGUUGACAUCUGCCGUCUCACAGGCCAAAGCUGCCAUGCUUGCUCCUGAGCUGGAGACUAAAGGUCUUCGUCAACAGAUGAAAGCGCAAGAGGAUCUCUUGACAGCCCUGGAAAUGUGCGAAGCCAGAGCAGAAACCCUCAACGUCCGACACGCCUUCAUAGUCUUGUCAAAACCUUCUGCAACUAUGCCCACCUCGCCCAGCUAUGCCCAGGAGGUCAGACCUAAGGUCAAAGGUCAAGAGGUCACUGACCCUCAGCUGACUGAGCUAGCCGGAGAGUUGGAGCAGCUUCAUCAGAUUGCAGACGAGCACAAAGAAAAACUCAGGGUUGCUCUUAUUCAACAGGAGGAAUAUGAUGAUCAGUUGGAGAUCCUGGUGACCAAGAUAAAAGCAGCCCAAGACAAGAUGGCGUCACCCGUUGAGCCAACAACUAUGGAAGAGAUUAAGAGGCAGCUCGCUGAACAUGAUGCUUUGGCGGCAGAAAUCCAGACAUAUGAAGAUGAGAUCAUGGAACUGAAUGAGAAGACAGAGAAGCUUCGUGAAGAGGCCGGGGCUAGAAUGGCCUCCCAGCGAGCUUCCUACGCCAAGGUCAAUCCUCCACUUCAGUUCCUCACAAGGCCGCAGUUUGGCGUGCAGGCCCAGCUGAUGCGAAGAGGAAGCCCUACCAUGCUUCCUGGUCUGUUCCCAACUUCCCAGGAUGUCCCUGCAAGUGUUGUUGAUGGGGUGGGGCCAUUGAGCCCCAAGAUGGUGGAGGACAUUGAGAAGGAAGAUAUGUCUGAUGUGGAGGACCAGCCACUAUCAGCUUCACCAACUCUUGCAAAGGUUCCACAAAGGCCUGAUGUUACUGAACAAGCUCCUCAAAGUCCCACUGCGGAAACACAGGAACCAAUGAAACCACAAGAUGAGACGAAGACUCAAAUAGUCACAGAUAAAGGCUUGGCAUAUAUUUUAAGGCCUCUCCACGAUAGUACAGAUACUAUCAGUGGUUCAAGCCCCUUAACUGGCUCAUCAAGCAUCACCCCAGGUGGAGGGGUGGGACAACCUCUCCCAGCACCUGACUUUGUUGUUGUCCAAGAAAUGUAUCCAGAUGAGUUACCAACUGUGAUUGCAGUAACAUCAGUUCCAGGAACUGACAAGCCACUCAUAAUUCAGGAUCCCAGGACUGGGCAACUCAUGGCUGCAGAGCCUGCCGAGAACCCAGAAGACCUCUCAAAUCAGCCGACUGCCUACAUCCCAGAGUCUGGCAAAGUGAUGAUCUUAAUUCCAAAUGAGAAUGUCGCAUUAGAAGCUUGCCCAGUUGAAGAAGGUGGUGUGUUGCCUUCCCACCCUGAUGACUCAAAGCAGACUGAUGGUCUUGAAUACCAGCCGCCAACAGAAGCUAAACCUUUGCAAUUGGAAUCAAAGAAGACACCAGAGCCACCUCUCCAGAAACAGGUUGUUACAGACAAGGGCUUGGCCUUUGUCCUGAGACCACUUGAAGACAUUGAAUCAAGCACAGGUGUUCCAAGUCCCUUGUCUGGGAUGGUUGGCAUUGCCCCUGAUGGAGGUGUUAGUCAGCCGUUGCCAGCUGUAAAUUAUGUAAUGCUGGAUGAAGCUCAGCCAGACAAUUUACCUGUUAUUUUGGGAUCGGAGUUUGUGCCUGUGGCCGAGAAACCAUUUGUCAUUGAAGACCCACAGACAGGACAGCUCAUGAUUGCACAACCUGCAUCAGAACCCCUUGAGCUUCAAAACAGACUAACUGCUUACAUACCUGAAUCAGGGAGAGCUGUCAUUAUUGACCCAAGUCGGAAUAAGACGCUGGAAGCUUGCCCAGUUGAUGAACUUCCAUCAGUGUGUGAGGAAGUGACAGCUGAAAACAUCAUACCUGUUGAACAGCAGCCGUGGAAAGUCAAUCUGACACUUCUUUCAGCUGAGGAGCAGGUGCCAAUCGAUUCGUUUUCACCUACUAGAAGCCAACUGGAACAACCACAAGAAGCUGCUAAGCCAGUAGUUACACAGAUUAUCACUACCAAAGGACCAGCAUACAUUCUCAAGCCAAGCAAAGAAGGUACAGGAGUUCCUAGUCCACUAUCAGGCCAAGAUGGAGCUGCCCCAGAUGGUGGACAAAGCCAAUCAUACUGUCAAUAUGUUAUCUCUGAGGAGGUCUCUCCGCAGACUGUACCUGAUGUCAUUGGCACACAGGCCGUUCAGUUUGCUGAGCCUGUGAGAAUUCAAGACCCCAAGACUGGUAAUGUUGUGAUAGCAUUCCCAGCUCAAAGACCAGAGGACUUGCAUUCAGAAGCUGUCGCAUUCUGUGAAGAAUUAGAUACAUCGCCAAUGGUGAUUCACUAUCCAGAAACCAACAAAGUGGAGGUUGCACAGCCUACACUGAGUGAUUCCACAAAACGGCCUGAAAUGCAGCGUCCUGUAAAUCAGCUGAUAACCACAGAGGGACCGGCCUAUAUCCUGAAACCCAUUGAAGAGGUCAUUGGAGCUGACACUUUGAGUCCUUUAGCAACAGGGGAACAGAUGUCUGAUCCCAAUGUUUUCACUCCUUCCAAGGUUGCUGAACUGGAGAAGUUGCCAGCAAUCUUAACAUCCAGACCAAGCCUCCAAGCCCCUCAGCAGCCACUGAAGAUAAAGGAUCCCUUGUCUGGGCGCGUUAUGGUAGCACUGCCAUGUGAAGAUUCCAAAGACCUACAGACAGAAAUCACAGUGUACAGUGAUGAUGCUGAAACUGGAAUGAUGAAAAUCCACCAUCCAACUGAGAGACAAGGGCCUGUUGAAGAGUCUGUCUACCUUGAAAAGAAACCAGUUCUUAAGCAGCUGCAGGCUAAACAUCCCAUCAAACAACAACUAGUAACUAAUGAAGGUCCAGCUUAUGUUCUCAGACCAGUUAAGAAGUCAUCAGGAGCCUCAGCUGCAAGCCCACUGGAGGUAGAUUUAGGUAAUACCCCAGAUGGUGGUGACUACAUAAUCAGUGGCACACCUGAUGCUUCUAUAUUACCAACUCCACUAUCCUUCAGACCUGCACCCGAUGGUGACCAUAAACCAUUGACAAUUAAAGAUCCCAAGACAGGGAAGCUAUUGGAAGCCAUACCAGCUGAAGAUCCCGAGCAACUCAGAACAGAAGUCACAGCUGUAAUCAGUGAUUCAGAAGACCAACCAGCAAGAAUCUAUCACCCAAGGACAGGUCAAGUACUAUUGGCAAAACCAGUAGAGUCCAUGCCAAGUGAGGAAACCAGCCCAACAAAACUCUUAUCUGCAAUUCCUCAGAAGGCCUCAACACAAGAGAGACAACUCCCGGAACAACAAUUGGUAACUGAACAUGGACCAGUCUAUGUUCUCAGACCAGUUGAGGAGAUUUCACCCAAAGAUGUAAAACCUAUUCAAGCAACUCCCAUUACCCUCUUUGAUGACUCAGAAAUGGAGAAGCUUCCUCCUGUGGUGUCCACUAGAGCACUGUCAGAUGCUCCGAUAGAGGCCAUGCAAAUCGUUGACCCCAUUUCUCAAAAAGUUAUGCUGGCAGUGCCUUGUGUUGAGCCAACACAGUUGCUGUCAGAAGUUACAGUGUUCAUCGAUGAGGCAGAAAAUGUCAAAAUUCACCAUCCAAAGAGCAUGGAGCCAACACCAGAGGCAGUAACUGUGUUUCUGGAAAAACAGCCAUUGCAACUAAGGGGGCUGGAAGAGCAGACAUCUGCUGAACAGCUUAUCACAGAGGAAGGCCCAGCAUUCAUUUUGAGGCCUGUCAGAGAUACAAGCCCAUUGGGUCGAACAUCAGCUCCAGCAAGCCACAAACCUGUCGAUAGUGUUAUUGAUGGUAGGGAAAUAGAAGAAGUUCCACCUGUCAAAUCAUGCAAGCCAAUCUCGCUUAAAUCAGCUGAACCUAUCAGGAUCAGAGAUCCAAAGACUGGGGAGAUCAUGGAGGCCAUCCCAGCAGUUCAUCCUAGACAACUGGAAACUGAAAUCACAGCCUAUGUGAAAGACACCUCUGAAGAGCCAGUUAAGAUCCACCAUCCGCAUAAAGCAAGAGGCACAAAAAGACCAUGGACCCCUAAUGCUGAGCCCUCUAGAGUUUUGCAGGAUGCUGCUGACAAAGUCCUGCCUCAUGAACCUUCUGAAACUGCUUCCAAAGCUAAGAUCAGCAAAAAGCCUGAUGGGUACAAGUUUGCUCAAAGCAAGCCUGUGACUGAGUCUUUACCACCCAUGCAGGCCAAUGAAAUGGAUCUUCUUUUUGCUGAACCAGUUGGAACUGCAGAGCUAGCAGAAAAUCUUAGUUUUGAACAACCACAUAGAAUGACCGAACAAGGGUAUAAAGCGCAACCAGUUGAUUCCAGUCCUAUUUUACACCAGCUUGUUACAGAUAAAGGUCCAGCAUACACCCUCGAACCAUUAGAUGAUUCAACUGCAGUUCAGAUUGGGAGUCCACUGAAAGGCAAGCAAGGAACCAGCCCAGGUGGUGGUGUGGGUUCAGCAUCAGCUGACUACUUCAUGGUGCAGAAGGUGCCCUAUGAACUAUUGCCAAGUGUUGUAGGAACCAGACGUGUUGAUGACCAGAAGCCACUCACAGUGCAAGACCCUAAAACUGGGAAACUAUUUGCUGCACAACCAGCCCAGUCCUUGAAUGAUUUGAAGCGGUCAGUCAGUGCUUAUGUACCAGAUGGUAGUAAAGAUCAAGCCGUGGAAAUAUUUGACCCUUCAAGCAAGCAAGUGGCUGUUGCAUUACCCUCAGAGUUAGCUGUAGAUCUGCUGACUGAUUUAGAUGGCAAGUCAGAAUUUCCAUCCCAAACUCUACUGGGCGACUCAGCUUCAGUUCCCAUGGACUCAGAUGAUGCCAUGGUGCCUGCUGAUACACUUUCCAAAAGUCACAAAGCCAAAAUGGCGUUUUCUGAGCCUUUUCUUUCACCAAUGGAAACCAGUCAGCAUUUGGAUGACUCUGCAAUCCCAUUGAGAACUGAACCCUUGCAGACGUCAACUCCUCUCGGUCGUGCAGAACCUGUGAAAACACCCUCAGCGGAACAAGCAACUUCUGAAAUUCAACCACAUCACAAACCUUUAAUGAUGAGGGAUGACGAAUCAGAGCCUGUAAGCCAGUCACCAGACCCACAUGAGAACAUCUGUCAGUUAAUUACUGAUCAAGGGCCAGUGUAUGUUUUGAGACCAAUUGGUGAAGAUGCAAUUAGUUCUUCAAGAGGCAAGGGAGGCAGUGCACCAGGCGGAGGAAGGGGUCCCCCCUCCGUAGAGUUUGUAAUAUCUCAAGAAACUGUGCCGCAGCAUCAACCACCUGUUGUUACUGGGGCCCGGGAAGUACCCGGGUCUUUGUCACAUAUUGUCAAAAAUCCAAAUACUGGACAAGUUCUGGUUGCACGUCCAGCUGAGAGUUUGAAGGAGCUUGAUGAUGAACCAACAGCUUACAUACCUGAUAAUGCCAAUCAACCAGUUCGAAUUCAUGAUCCAAGCAAAUUGGCAGAUCAGAUUGCUGUGCCAACUGAAAUGGUUCCAGUUUAUGAGACUGCUUCUGCUCAGAGAAUAGGACCAUCAGAAUAUUCUGUCGCCUUGAGACUUCCCGAUCAAUACUCAAGUGGUACAAUUUCAACACAAAAUGAAGCUGAAAUGAAAGAUGCACCUGUUAAUGAAAAAGCACCUGAGGAUGAAAAAGCACCUGAAAGUGGCACCUGGCAGCUGCUUGGAAAUGAAGGUCCCAUCUUUGUUCUUAAGCCAAUUGAAUCAAUGCCAAGCAAUCUUUCCUUACCUGAACAAGCCAGCAUUCUAAAGACUGAAGCAGGAAGCCCAAUCGCUGACCUUGAAGUUUCACAAGUAUCACAUCUGGAACAGCCACCAGUGGUUACAGGUGCUCAACAUAGCGUACCAACAUCUAAACCACUGAUUGUCAAGGACCCCAAAACCAGUCAGACGUUUGUUGCAGUACCAGCUCAGAGUUUGGAUGAAGUGGCUGAGGAGAUAACUGCAUGCAUUCCAACGAGUACAGAGAGCCCAAUAAGAAUUCAUGAUCCCCAUGCAGGCAGAGAUGCGAGUCCUCAUGCAGUUCCUGUUGAUGAAGCAGUAUUGGCAAGGAGAACACACACAGUAGAAGAGCCCAGAUCCAAACUGCCCGAUGUUCAUGGUGAUAAACAACAAUCUCCCAGGAUUGAUGAUGAGAAAAGAAUGGAUGAUACUGGCAUUGGUGCUACCCCAACUGAUGCAUUUAACCAGUUGCUUACUGAUAAAGGUCCAGCUUACAUCUUAAAGCCUUUUGACGGGGAAUUGAGCAGUCCAUUGCAGGUUCUUGAUGGCAGUGCCCCUGAUGGGGGAGCAGGUCCCUCAUCAGCCCCCUUUGUGAUUUCUGAAGAAUCCAAACCUCAUUGUUCUCCUCAAAUAACAGGUGCAAGGAAAGUUUCUCCAUCCCAGCCUAUUGUUAUUCAGGAUCCAGCAACAGGAAAAACACUAGCUGCAAGACCAGCACAGAGUUUGAAGGAUCUUGAAGACAAUUUGUCUGCUUUCAUUCCGGAUGGUUCCCAGGAACCAGUAAGGAUCCAUGAUCCUCUAUUGUCAGUUGAUCAAAUAGCCAUUCCCACUGAACAAAUUUCAGUUGAUGAGACCUUAUUAGUAGACAGGGUGGCUGAUGUUCACAAGCCUUUAGCUCUGAGGUUAAAAGAGGAUGGAAAGCAUGAAAGACCACCUGCUGAAGAAAUGGACGGAAUGGUGGAGGACUUUCAACCUAUGGAUCUUGCUACUGAUGAGGAUGUGCAGUUGCUAACUGAUCAAGGCCCAGCCUACAUCUUAAAGCCAUUUGAUGGAGAAGUCAGCAGUCCACUACACGGUCUUGAGAGCAAUGGCCCUGAUGGGGGAGGUGGUCCUCCAUCAGCAGACUUUGUGAUAUCUACAGAAUCUCAACCUCAUUGUCCACCACAGAUAACAGGUGCCAGGAAAGUCUGUCCAUCCCGUCCUGUUGUCAUUCAAGAUCCAACAACAGGAAAGUCCCUUGUUGCUAGACCAGCACAGAGUUUGAAGGAUUUUGAGGACAAUGUGUCUGCUUUCAUUCCAGACAGUUCCCAGAAACCAGUAAGGAUCCAUGAUCCUUUACUGUCAGUUGACCAAAUAGCCAUUCCAACUGGACAAGUUCCAGGUGAUGAGGCCAUAUUAGCAGACAGGGUGGCUGAUGUUCACAAGCCUUUAGCUUUGAGGUUGAAGGAUUAUACAAAGCAUCAAAGACCAUCAUCUGAAGAAAUGGAUGGAAUGAUGGUGGACUCCCAACCUAUGGAUGAAGGCACUGAUGAGGCUGUGCAGUUGCUUACUGAUCAAGGACCAGCCUACAUCUUAAAGCCAUUUGACGGAGAAGUAACCAGUCCAUUGCAGGUUCUUGAUGGCAGUGCCCCUGAUGGGGGAGCAGGUCCUCCAUCAGCCAACUUUGUGAUUUCUGAAGAAUCCAAGCCUCAUUCCCCAACUCAAAUAACAGGUGCAAGGAAAGUUUAUCCAUCCCAGCCUAUUGUUAUUCAGGAUCCAGCAACAGGACAAACACUUGUUGCAACACCAGCACAGAGUUUGAAGGAUCUUGAAGACAACAUUUCUGCAUUCAUUCCAGAUGGUUCUCAGGAACCAGUAAGGAUCCAUGAUCCUCUGCUGUCAGUGGAUCAGAUUGCAAUGCCAGCUGAACAAGGUCCAGUUGAUGAGGCCAUUUUAGCGGACCGAGUGGCUGAUGCUCACAAGCCUUUAGCUCUGAGGUUUAAAGAGGAUGCAAAGCAUGAAAGACCGUCGGCUGAAGAAAUGGAUGAAAUGAUUGUGGACUCUCAACCUGUGGAUAAUGCCACUGAAGAGACUGUGCAGUUGCUUACCGAUCAAGGACCAGCCUACAUCUUAAAGCCAUUUGAUGGAGAAGACAGCAGUCCACUACAGGGUAUUGAUGGCAGUGCUCCUGAUGGGGGAGCUGGUCCUCCAGCAGCAGACUUUGUGAUUUCUACAGAAUCUCAACCUCAUUGCCCUCCUCAAGUAACUGGAACAAGGAAAGCCUCUCCAUCUAAUCCCAUUUUAAUUCAGGAUCCAGCAACACAGAAAACACUUGUUGCAAAACCAGCACAGAGUUUGAAGGACCUUGAAGACAACAUUUCCGCAUUCAUUCCGGAUGGUUCUCAGGAACCAGUGAGGAUCCAUGAUCCUCUGCUGUCAAUAGAUCACAUAGCAGUUCCAGCUGAACAAGUUCCAGUGGAUGAGGCCAUAUCAGCAAACAGGGUCACAGACGUUCAAAAGCCAUUAGCUCUUAGGUUGAAAGAUGAUGUAAGGCAGGAUAAGCCUCCAGCUGAAGAAAUAAAUGGAAUUAUGCCAGACUCCCAACCCAUGGAUGAUGCAUCUAAUGAAACUAUGCAGUUACUUUCUGACCAAGGACCAGUGUACGUCUUGACACCUUUUGAUGGUGAAGCCACUUCACUACGAGGUGGAAAGGGAAUUGCAUCUGGUAGAGGAGUAGGACCUCCUGUUGCAGAUUUCGUAAUUUCACCAGAUACCAAGCCGGUGCAAGAACCUGUAAUAACUGGGGCUCGUAAUGCUCCCCAGUCCAAGCUCAUCAUUAAUGAUCCAGUAACAGGCCAGACCCUUGUUGGAAGACCUGCUCAGAGCUUAAGAGUCAUGUCAGAAGAAGUCACUGCAUGCGUUCCUGAUGAAACUGACAAACCAAUCCGAAUCCAUGAUCCUCACACAACACAAGAUCAAAUUGCUCUGCCUGCUGCAUUGGUAACAGUUGAGGAAGCGUCAUUGCCUGGAAAAGCAGGCAAGAAAAAGAAGCCUAAGAAGCGCAAGAAAAAAGGAGGAGCAACUGCGAAAACAGAUGACACACGAGAUGCACCUGUUAGACAAGUUCCAAGUGAAGAGGUAAAACAGCUGCUUACAGACAAAGGACCAUUGUAUGUUUUGACACCAGUUGAUGGAGAUCUGAGCUCCUUGAAAGGUCAGCAAGGUAGUGCCCCAGGUGGUGGAGUUGGGCCACCAUCAACUGACUUUGUCAUAUCAGAAGAUGCAACACCACAAGAACUACCUGUUGUAACUGGUGCCAGGGAUACUCCAAAAUCACAGUUGAUGGUCAUUAAAGAUCCAAGAACUGGGGAAGCUCUAAUUGCCAGACCUGCUGAGAGUUUGAGUGAUUUGGCCAAAGGUUUAACUGCUUGCAUCCCAGAUGAUACUGUCAAGCCAAUUAGGGUCCACGAUCCUCAUACAAAACAAGAUCACAUUGCUCUUCCUGUUGAUAAUGUUGAUCAGGUAACUCCUUCUGAAGAACUCUGGCCUAUGGAGACAAGCACUGUGUCUGAUGAUCUUACUUCAACAUCUCCUGUCAAAGAAACCCCUACAUAUCAAAGUAUAGAGCAAUUGCUUACAGAUCAAGGACCAUUGUACGUUCUGAAGCCGAUAGAUGACAAAGUGGCCAACCUACAAGGAGGCCUAGAAGGUGAUUCUGUUGACAGUGGAGAGGGCCCACCAUCGGAUUUUGUAAUAUCCCCUGUAACACAGCCCAAGCAGCAGCCUGUGGUUACUGGAGCCAGGACCGUUCCACAGACCAAAUCACUGAGGGUCCAAGACCCAAGAACUGGUCAGAUGCUAAUUGCGGAACCAGCACAGAAUUUGAAUGACUUGUAUGAUGAGGUCACUGCCUCCAUUCCAGAUCAGACGGAUCAGCCAGUACUUGUCCAUGAUCCCACCCUUACACAGGAUCAGAUUGCUGUGCCUUGCAAGAAGAGUCCAGCUGAUGAUUCAACACUUGCUGCUGUCAGACCAAAGAAACCAAAGUCACAAAAACAUAAAGGGAAGAAACCAAAAGAAGGAAAGAAGCCUAAAGAUACCAUUUCACAUCAAGAGGAAAAAAUGGAAGAAACCCCAUCUAAGGUUCCUGCGUCUGGAGAAAUUCAACAGCUGCUGUCUGACCAAGGACCAGUGUUUGUCCUGACACCAAUAGAUGAUGUAAGUAGUCCCAUGAAGGGUCUUGCAGGUAGCGCACCUGGUGGAGGUGCAGGACCACCACCAGCUGACUUUGUGAUAUCAUCAACUAGGAAACCACUUCAACAACCUGUUGUUACUGGUUCUCGCAGUGUGCCUUUAACAGAUCCACUUAUUGUCAAAGAACCCAGAAGUGGAGAGACUCUGAUUGCAAAACCAGCUCAGAAUCUGAAGGACCUGAAGGAGAAAUUAACAAUGUGCAUUCCAGAUGAUUCCAGACAGGCGGUUAAAGUGCAUGAUCCAAUUGAGUCAUGUGAUCAGAUAGCAUAUCCUGUCGAACCAGCAUUAGUCGAUGAAACUCUAUCAGCUGAGAAGGUACCCAGUGUUGAGAAACCUCUUGCAGAGAGGCUCCGUGAUCCUAGAAAAAGGUCGAGAUUGGAAUCUGCCAGCAGCCCACUGGAUGGCAGUCAAGGAGAUGCUCCUGUUGGACAAGUUCCAAGUGAAGAGAUAAAACAGCUGCUUACAGACAAAGGACCAUUGUAUGUUUUGACACCAGUUGAUGGAGAUCUGAGCUCCUUAAAAGGUCAGCAAGGUAGUGCCCCAGGUGGUGGAGUUGGGCAACCAUCAACUGACUUUGUCAUAUCAGAAGAUGCAACACCACAAGAACCACCUGUUGUAACAGGUGUCAGGGAUAUUCCAAAAUCACAGUUGAUGGUCAUUAAAGAUCCAAGAACUGGGGAAGCCCUUAUUGCCAGACCUGCUGAGAGUUUGAGUGAUUUGGCCAAAUGUAUAACUGCUUGCAUCCCGGAUGAUACUGCCAGGCCAAUUAGGGUCCACGAUCCUCAUACAAAACAAGAUCACAUUGCUUUUCCUGUUGAUAAUGUUGAUCAGGUAACUCCUUCUGAAGAUCUCUGGCCUAAAGAGACAAGCACUGUGCCUGACGAUCUUACUUCAACAUCUCCUGUCAAAGAAACCUCUACAUUUCAAGGUAUAGAGCAAUUGCUAACAGAUCAAGGACCAUUGUACGUUCUGAAGCCGGUAGAUGACAAAGUGGCCAUCGUUCAAGGAGGCCUAGAAGGCGAUUUUGUUGACAGUGGAGAGGGCCCACCAUCCGAUUUUGUAAUAUCCCCUGAAACACAGCCCAAGCAGCAGCCUGUGGUUACUGGAGCAAGGACCAUUUCACAGACCAAAUCACUGAGGGUCAAAGACCCAAGAACUGGUCAGAUGCUAAUUGCGGAACCAGCACAGAAUUUGAAUGACUUGUAUGAUGAGGUCACGGCCUCCAUUCCAGAUCAGACGGAUAAGCCAGUACUUGUCCAUGAUCCCACCCUCACACAAGAUCAGAUUGCUGUGCCUUGUCAGAAAAGUCCAGCUGAUGAUUCAACACUUGCUGCUGUCAGACCAAAGAAACCAAAGUCACAAAAACAUAAAGGGAAGAAACCCAAACAAGGAAAGAAGCCAAAAGAUACCAUUUCACAUCAAGAGGAAAAAAUGGGAGAAACCCCAUCUCACGUUCCUGCGUCUGGAGAAAUUCAACAGCUGCUGUCUGACCAAGGACCAGUGUUUGUCCUGACACCAGUAGAUGAUGUAAGUAAUCCCAUGAAGGGUCUUGCAGGUAGUGCACCUGGUGGAGGUGCAGGACCACCAGCAGCUGACUUUGUGAUAUCAUCAACUAGGAAACCACUUCAACAACCUGUUGUUACUGGUUCUCGCAGUGUGCCUUUAACAGAUCCACUUAUUGUCAAAGAACCCAGAAGUGGAGAGACUCUGAUUGCAAAACCAGCUCAGAAUCUGAAGGACCUGCAGGAGAAAUUAACGAUGUGCAUUCCAGAUGAUUCCAGACAGGCAGUUAAAGUGCAUGAUCCAAUUGAGUCAUGUGAUCAGAUAGCAUAUCCUGUCGAACCAGCAUUGGUCGAUGAAACUCUAUCAGCUGAGAAGGUACCCAGUGUUGAGAAGCCUCUUGCAGAGAGACUCAGUGAUCCUAGCAAAAGAUCACAAUUUGACGAUACCGAUGGCAUGCCAGCGAGUAAGGAUGAACCCACACAACAACAAAUCAUCACAGAGAAAGGACCUGCCUUUGUGUUUAGACCGCUGGGAUCCACCAGCAGCCCACUGGAUGGCAGUCAAGGAGAUGCUCCUGAUGGAGGUUCUAAACAACCCAUCACUGGGGACUUCCAGAUUUCAGAAGAGGUUGAGCCACAGAGGUUACCAAUGGCUGUUGGUGCUAGGGCUGUGCCAAAACAAAAACCGCUAAUUGUCGUCGAUCCCAAAACUGGACAGGCUGUGGAGGCCAUACCUGCCCAGAAUGUGCGCGACCUAUAUGAAAACACAAUAGCUUACAUUGAAGAUGACGGAAAAGGGCCCAUGAAAAUCCACGAUAAUGAAACUGGGAAGGUGAAGGUUGCAUACCCAACAGAAAUUGUUAUGGUUCCUGAAACUAGUGACCAAGAAGAUGAAUCAGUGAGCGGCGAAUCAACUCCUGGAUUCUACACCCCAGAAACUGGAUCUCCUGCCAGAUCACGUUCCAACAGUCUUGAAUUGGAACCUGUAGAAGAGAUUGUCCAGGCCAGUAGAGCAGCACCACGUCUCACAGCAUUUGGUUAUCUGGCACAAGUACUUGGGUUCACCCCUAAAGAAGCCUUGGAACCAAAGGGAGAGUCGGAAACAGGUUUGGAUGAAACUGAUGAUGGUACUCCAUAUAAGGAAGCUGUAGACUUCCCAUCUUCCGAAGAACCAGAAGAAUUACCGACAGCCCAAAAGAUGAACAUAUCUGACCCAUUUUCCCAACCAAGUGAUACUGGAUCAAGGGAACAGCCUAUAGAUUCAGGUCUUCGACCCUCUCAAAAACCAACAACACCUGUCAAGACUGUCAGGUUUGCUGAUGAUGUGCCAUCAACUUUGGCAUCACCAAAGAAAUCAGAACCUGGUUUAGAUGAACCCUCAGAACAAGUUCCUUUCAAACCUCACCUCUCUUACCCAAGGCCUACAAGAACGGAUCCCAGUCACAAAGAACAAUUGGAAGGACCGCAUAAUGUGCCUAUUGAACAAAGAAAGAAACCAUCCCCAUCCAGGAAAUCAGAUCAGAGGCAUCCCCAACCACCUACUGACCUCUCGUGGCGUCCUGCCUUCUCAAGAGAAACCCCAGAAGCUAAACAAAGUCCUUCUGAAGCGCUUCUACCUAUUAAACCAUCCUCUCAUAGGCAUCCUUAUCAAUCACCCAUGGAUUUCCAUCCAAGUUUUGUUACUGAAUCUCCCACUUCACGAGCACCUCCUUCAGAGCAGCUGAUAACCCCUGAUACAGACUCUGACCUGUUCCACACACCUGAUGCUCCUCCAUCAUCAUCGGAGGAUGUUUACUAUCCAGCUCGACAACCAAGUGAGGAGACCCCAGAAGGCCCUGCGAGAAAAGCUUAUACAGCCCCUCCUGCCUACAAACCGAUAAAAUCUACAUCCUCACCCAAAUUCAGGACUCCUAAGGGAACCAGUGCCUCACCAUUGGAAGACCUGUCCAGAAGGAAUAGACAGGGGAAGACGUCACCCAUCAAAGAAAUACAUACUUCACCGUCUAGACACAGAGGAGGAGAUAGAAUUGGGGAACUCAACAGAUCAUGGGACAACCUUCAACAAAAGAUGGAAGAGAAACAGAGGUUAUUGCGAGAGGCCUUGGCCCGUCAGGAAGACUACCAUAAUGCUCUGUCUGAGCUGAACAUCAGGCUGGAAGCAGCAGAGCAGAAGCUGAAGGGCAUUGACCAACAGGACUUGGACGACGGAAUGGCCACUUUAGAGCACAUCUUGGACGAAGUGGAGGCUCUCCAAGCCAACAUCAGUGAAGUCAGAGAGAAAGGUGACAAGCUGGUCUCCCGCGGCGACGCUGGCAACAGGGAUGCCAUUCUAGCAACACUGGCAUCGCUCAGUGAGAGAACAGGCAACAUCCUCUCCGACAGCUUGGAUAAACUCAACCAACUACAGAUUGAGAAGGAAGAGCAAGAGCAGCUGAAGAGCCAGCUGACGUCUUGCAAGAACGAGCUCCAUCAACUCGAGACAUGGUUGGACAACUUUGUACAACUCCUGGAUGAGGAGGAGGAUGCCGCCUCCCAGUCGGCGCCUAGCGUGGUGGCCAUCCAACAGCAGCUAGUACUCAAUCAGAACCACCAGUUGGAGCUGAGCCGCAAGCUCCAAAAACUCCAAGACGUCCAGGGCAUCAUUGACGACAUCCAGAUAACCUACCCGUCCCGGGAGGGGGAGACCACCUCAGCCCUGGCUGCCCUCCUGCGCACCCGCAUGGAGACCCUCAGGCGGGACCUGACGGACCGGCAAGAGCUGCUCAAGAUGCGACGGAACACGGAACAGAUGGCCGAGGAGUACCAGAGCGACGUGCAGCGCCUGCAGGAGUGGUUUGCCGCGCACCGUGGCGCUGCCGCUGCAGCAGCAGCAGCAGCUGAGGGAAGAGUGGUGCCAGUGGACGUGGGAUCGGAGUCCCUGCAAAGACAGAUGGACCUUCAACAGAGACUGGAGGAGGAGCUAUCCGCCCACCAAGCCCUGCUGAAAUCCGUGGCCCGCCGCGGCACGCGACGCCGCAGCCAGCCGAACAGCGCCCCCGCAGACCACGACGGGGAAGUGAACGGCAAGGAGGAUUUGGACCCGGAGCUGUCUGAGAUGAGAGCCAAGUGGCAGGAGAUCUCAGCCCAAGAAGCAGAGAGGAAACAGCAGCUGCUUGCGUCUCUGGAGUACGCCAGACCUAAGGAGACUAACGGUAUGCACUACCCUGCCCCAACCUGGCGAACUUUGACCUUUGACCUCCCAGACAGGUCAGAGGAGGCAGAGGAGGACAUGCAAGCAUCCUUGAAGGCUCUCAGUCAGUGCUGGGAGAAUAUGCAAUCUCAGGUUGAGGAUCAGCAGACCCGACUAGAGCAGGCCUAUGAGUUCCAGACAGCCUACCAGACGGCUCUACAGAGAGUCUCUGGUUGGCUGGACAACAUGCAGCUCAAACUCUUCUCCUCCAACUGGCAGAAAGAUACGCAGACACAGCUGGAUGACCACGCUGUUCUCCAAGAUGAAAUCCACUCCUUCCAGGACCAGCUGGAAGUCAUGAAUGAGUCCUGCCAGGCCGUCCUCCUGGAAACCAAUGAGCAGAGCCGGCAGCUGAUCCAGCAAGCGUUGACUGAUCUCAACUCCAGGAUGUCCACGCUAGAGACGGAGGCCCAACAACGAGAGGAAGAACUCCAGGAGAAGAACAGGAGACAAAAGGCUUUCCAGGAUGAUGUACAAGUCUUCCAAGGCUGGUUGAGUGAUGCCAAGAAGAGACUAACCAGCCAAGAGGAUUCCGAGAAUGCGGUCUCAUUAGAAGACAAGAUCAAUCACAACCAGGAUCCCCGACAACAAAUCCAGCAAUUAGAAAACGAAAUCCAACAAAAUGAGGCCAAACUGCGAGAGGUCGUGGAGAAAGGAGACCAGCUCUUGAGUCUGGAUCCACAGAGCCCCGCUGUAGGGAAUGAAGUGAGCAUGCUGCAGACUGGAUGGGAGGACCUGUACCGUCAGGCAGGGACCAGGAGAAGACAUCUCAAAAAAGCCAAGAUAGUCCAGGAGCAGUACCAUAAGAUCCUCCAGGACUACAUGGAGUUCCUGGACACUGCGGAGCAGAAGCUGAGCAGAGACGACAUCAUGGCAACCGAUGCACGCAACCUCAGGGAACAACUCGAAAAACACAAAGAGUUCUUCAGCGACCUGGGCAUCCACCAUCUGACCAUCGAGUCCAUCGCCCAGAAGGCGGACCCCUACACCCAGGAGCUCUUCACCAGCCAACGCUCCCAGCUGGACCAACGCAGCCACGCCAUCCAGGCCAAGGCCACAGUCCGAGGCCAGACCCUGGAGAGACUGGUGACUGACUGGGUUCAGCUGGAGAAGAGCCUGGAGGAGUUGAGGAGCUGGCUGGGGCACGUGGAGGCCCAGUUGCCGAGCAGCAUCGACGAUGCCACACAGGAGAACGUGCAGAAGGGCAUACACAAAUACCAGGCGAUGACCAAUCUUCUGAGUGACCGCAAGCCCACCUUACAGCAAGUACUGAACCGUGGCCAGGCCCUUCUGAAGAACCUCACCUCGUCCAAGCUAGACAACCAACUCAUAGACCUCUCUGAGAAGUGGGCCACCGUGCAGUCCAAGAUCAGCCAGGAGCUGGCCCUGUUGAACGGCCUUCUCCAGGAGUGGAAGGCCUUCAACCAGGAAUCGACCCGCUUGCUGCCCUGGCUGAUCAACGCCAACAAGGAGCUCCUGGAGUGGGGCAAGAAGGACCAGCAGCCUCAGGAAGUGGGAGCCAUCGUGGCCCGCUUGGAAAAGUUCAUGGUUUUCCGUAAAGACAUAGACAGCCACACGCCUCUCAAGGAGUCGGUCUGUAAUCACGGCCAGCAGCUGCUGAAAGUCAAGAAGCUCCACACCCAACCAAUCACAGAGAAGCUACGAUUGAUUGACAGCCAGUGGAGCGAAUUACAGAACGAGCUGCCUCAUGUCCAGGAGGAGCUUCAUCAAAUGCAGAUGGAAUUGUUGCCAUCAAGACAAGCCUUAAACGAGCUGAUGGUGUGGAUGGAUGCCCUGGAACGCAUCUUAGAAGACCACAAGGAGAAGACACACUCCAGCUCUAGUGAGGUGGACGAAAUGAUGCAGACAUACAGGGGUUACAAGAUAGACCUGUCCACCAAGCUCCUGACCGUGGAGUUUGUCAACCAGUCCAUCCUGCACAUGAGCCAGGACAUCGAGUCCAAACGCGAAGACAAGACCGACUUUGCCGAGCGACUGGGCGCCAUGAACAAGCGCUGGCAGACCCUCAACGUGGCCAUCUCGGAAGAGGUCAAGCACCUGGACUCCCUGAGGAGGGACUGGGUGGAGUACGAGCGGCAGGUCAAGGACCUGACUAGCUGGUUUGAGAAGCAGGAGAGCAAGUUGAGGAAGUGCGAGGGGAAAGUCGGGCAUGAGACAAGCGUCCAACAGGCUGUCAAGAUGUGCCAGACUAUGGAAGACUCAAUUGACUCGAAACAAUCAGACAUCAACAAGAUCCAGCAGACUGGCCUGACCCUAGCCCCCGAGGACACAGUCCAACAAACCAUCCAGGACCUAGAGCGAUCCAGGGACAGCCUGGGCAGCCUUCUGCGAGAGGUUCGGUCCCUGCUGGUCACCUCCCUAGAGCAGUGGCGGAUGUACCAUGAAUGCCUGCAAUCUGUGUCAGCGGCCCUGGGGAAAGCCGAGUAUACCCUCAGUCGAGUGGGCAUGGCAACAGGGACCGUGGAUUCGCUGGAGUUUCAGUUGAACAAAUUCAAGGAUCUGCAAGCAGAGGUCAAAGGUCACAGAGUACAGCUGACCAAUCUAUGCAAAUUAGCUGACCAGUUAGAGCUAGUAUGCAAACCAUCUGUGUGUGAAUCUCUUGACCGGACCGUAAACGACCUCACCACAAGAUGGAACAAUGUGGACUAUCAGCUGAGAGACACCGUCGCCCUGUUUGAGAAGUCCUGGUUGCUAUGGCAACAGUUUGAGGAGAGGCAUGAUGGGAUUGAAGCCUGGCUCCAUCAGAAGGAGAAGGAGUGUGAGAUUGCGACGGCGAUUCCCGAGGAGUCGGACACGGAGACGGAUAGAGAGGCAGAUAGGGUGGUGGAGAGGGAGAGACAAGUAGAGACAUGCAAGAAACUCCUUGAUGAGCUGAAAUCCUACCACGACAUUGAUGCCUUACGGAACCUCGUGGACCAGCUAACCAGACACAUGGAUGGCACCACAGCCAACAAUAUUGCCUCACGCAGACGGGUACUUUCCUUGAAACAAGACAGCCUAUGCAAGUCCCUGAGACGCUUCAUCAAGACCCAAGAAGCAGACCUCAAGACACAAAAGCAGCUGAGAGACAAGAUACAGAAUCUUCUGUCAUGGCUUGAAGACACCGCAGACGUCAUCAAUAAGGACGAUCCGAACCGUUCGUCGGACGAGACUUCCAUCAGGGAACGCAUGGCUCAACUCAAGGCUGUGAUGGUUGAGUUUAGUGGGCGCCAGCCAGAGCUGAACUCACUGAACGAGAUGGGUUACCGGCUGAGUCUGAGCCGCGGCAACGCAGCCGACCUCUCCUCCGUCAACAACCGAUGGAACUCGUCCUUCGGGCGUGUCUGCGAGAAGUACCGUCACCUGCAAGGGGUGUUGCUCCAACAACAGAGCUUUGCUCAGAAGUGUACAGCGUGGAGUACGUUCAUUGAGGAGACGGAGAAGAAUUUGGCUGUGGUCAUCGCUGGUAGCUACUCAGAGCUGCAGGAACAACAGAAAGUGUAUGAGGUGUUUGAGUCGGACAUCUUCAACCGUCAGCAGAUCUUGUUCUCCAUCAUCAACGACGGUCAGCGCAUGGUGCAAGACGGUGACCUGGACGACCCUGAGGAAUUCCAACUCCAGCUGGAUCAGCUGAGUGAACAAUGGCAGAGCGUCAUCCGACGGACGGCUGCCAAGAAAGAUGACAUUGACAAGAACAUCAGGGAAUGGAAUGCCUACUACCUGAUGCUGAACAAGAUGCAGGAAUGGUUGGAGGAGAUUGAGGAAGAGGUCAAGGCAUAUGACAUCACUACGGCUCCCCUGCAGAGAAUCAGAAGCCUGGCUGAUCAAGCAAAGGGGACUCAGAAGUCAGUUGAGUUCCAGGAAACCCUCUACCUCUCCCUCAACGACGCCGGCAAAACGUUACUCAGGAAUUCAGACAGCCAAUCGGCCGAGAAACUCAAAUCAGAACUGACCGACGUCCAGAACAGUUGGCACCACGUGACGACGGGACUGCGCAAGAACACCCAGCACUUGGAGGAAGUUAUCGGGGAGUGGGAGAGCUGUGACGCGGUCAUGGACGAACUUCACGCCUGGCUGCGCAACAACAGGAAAGUCCUGAACCAGCCGCUACCUCACCAGUACGAUGAGCUUCAGAGAGGCUUGGAAAAGUGCAAAGAGAUUGAGAACACCUUUGAGAGCACAAGCAGCAGGCUGGAUAAGCUACGGCAGUUGGAGACCCACCUUCAGCCCACGGUCAGUCCGGACGACAUGGCCGUCCUGAGCGAACGCAUCGCCCUGCUGACCAAACAGUGGGAGGAGGUCAGGCACCAGACCUGCCAGCGCCGGCAGCAAAUCACGGAACGGCUUAGCGAGUGGGUCACGUUCACGGAGAGAUAUAAGGAGUUCUGCGAUUGGCUGACCCAGAUGGAGGUGAAGAUUGUGCAGAACGGAGAGCACAGCAUUGAGGACCUCUUGGCCAAGUUGACAGAGGCAUACCAGGAGGAGAUAGAAUCGGCCAAGUCUAGCAAGGAGCAGCUGGAGGAGUUGGGCCAGCGUCUCAUCGUCGCCAGCAAUGAAGCGAGAGCCAGCGACAUCGAGUACAAGCUAGCCAAGCUGGCUGAGCGCUGGAACCACCUCAUGGAACUUGUAGGAGCACGAGUCAGGAAGUUGCAAGGCACCUUGACGGCUGUCCAGGAGUUGGAUCAGAACAUGGGUAACCUGAGGCAUUGGCUGACCCAGAUGGAGAAACAGCUGAGCAGUCCCAUCAUGUAUGAGACCUGUGAUAUCAUUGAGAUACAAGCCAAGCUACAGACACAACAGGAGAUUCAGAAAGACAUUGAGCGUCACAGCAGCGGCGUGACCUCCGUGUUGAACCUCUGCGAGAUGCUCCUUCACGACACCGAUGCGUGCUCUUCAGACGCCGACAACGAAGCCAUACAGACAGCCGCGAGAACCUUAGACCAGCGAUGGAGGUCUAUCUGCUCCUCCUCGAUGGAGAGGAAAAUGAAGAUUGAGGAGACGUGGAGGCUAUGGCAGAAGUUCAUCGAUGCCUACACCCAAUUUGACGACUGGCUGACCAGAAGUGAGAGGAUUGCAUCCAACCCACACACCGCCAGCGCACCGUUUGCCGUCAUCAAGGAAGAAAUCAAGAAAUUUGAUAUAUUCCAACGCAAAGUCCACGAGAACCUAACCCAGCUAGAAAUGCUCAACAAGCAGUACCGUCGCCUGGCCCGGGAGGGCCGGACAGAUAACGCCUACCAGCUCAAGGCCAUGGUGCAGCAAGCCAACGUGCGCUGGGAUGAUCUAGCCCGGCGGUGCUCCUGCAUCCUGCGCCGGUUGCGGUACGCCCAGAGCCAGAAGGAGGAGUUUGAUGCCUGCAAGGAGAGCAUGCAGGUCUGGCUGACCGAGAUGGACUUACAACUCACCAACGUGGAGCACUUCUCCGAGUCGGAUGUAUCCGUCAAGAUCAAACAGAUGAUGGCAUUCCAGCACGAAAUCGAACUCAACCAAUCACGGCUACAGGAGAUCGCAGAGCACGCCCAGGUCCUGAUGCAACGCUCUGACCCGCAUGACAGCGCCCUCAUACAGGAAGAAAUGGACGAGCUGCACCGGUACUCGGUGGAAGUGUUCGACAGGGUCAGGAAGUUCCAGCGCAAGCUGGAGAGGCUUUCCAUCGCACAGGGAAGCGAAUCCUCCUGCAUUCCAUUUGAUUAUCUCACUGUUCCACCCAAGUACGACACUGCCAGCACCGAGUCCGAAGAGGAGAGUGAAGGCGCCAGCUCUCGCGACAUCAGCCCCGAUCGCGACAUCAGCCCCGAUCGGGACAGUCCCUCUCUCAUCAGCUCCCACCGAUCCCUGACCAGUACUGCCAGUGCCCUCUCUCGCUCCAGCCGUGGCAGCCGUAAAGAACCACUCGCACGAAGAUCACAGAGCAACUCGCGGUCAGCGUCGCCCUCCCCGCAUCACGAGGCCUACGCCUCGGGCCGCAUCACCCCCGCGAGCAUGGUAUCCUUGGACUGGGACAUGUACAUGUCUAACAACGCUCAGCAGUUCACAGAGCCUCCGCCGGGGGAGGACGCAGGGCGAUUCAAGGUGGAGAACCAACACGUCCAGCAGGCCGUCGAGGAUUGCCUGAUGAGGUUAGAAGCCACUGAGAAUGCCAUCAGGUGUAGGACGCCAACGGGGCCAGAGAUUGAAGAGGAAAAGGAAGGAUAUGAUUCUCUGGUAGAAGACUGCCGUGUCAGUGUGGAUGUCCUCAAGAGAAUAGCCAUGAGAAUGCCGCAGGAAGACCCAGUACUCACACAGCAGAUAGCAACUGUCUUGAAUCGAUGGGAGAUCCUGCAAGCAGACAUCAUGGAGAAAGACUCGCGGCUCAACCAGAACUACAAACAGUGGCAUCAGUUCCGUCUGGACCUGAACAAUCUCAACUCCUGGCUGGAUGAGGCCGAGGUGUUACUCAGCACUCAGGAGACUGACUCGCCUACUGGAGACCUGGAGGGCAUGAUCAGGAGGCAUAGGGAGUUCAUCCUGGGUCUGAACGCCCGCAAGGCCAUCGCCCUCUCCAUCAACCUCUGCAGCCAGCAGUUCCUCCGCCCAGACAGCCGCCACACGCAGGCCCUCCGCGAGGAGCUGAACUCCAUGAACCAGCGCUGGGACCACGUCUGCGGCCGGGCAGCGGACUGGCAGAAGGAGCUACAGCUGGCCAUCAUGCAGUGUGAGGAGUUUCACCAGACCACGGCCGACCUGAUGGUGUGGCUGGACGGGAUAGAGGCAACGGUCGUUGAGAACGAGCCGAUCGAUCUGAGCGCCGAUGAGAACCGGUUACACCACCAGUACAGGGUCUUCAUGAAAUUCAAGCGUGAGUUGGAGUCUUCCCAGCCCAAGGUUUCCUCCCUGAAGGAGACUGCGGACCAGCUCCUAGUGGACGUAGACUCUGAAGAUUGCCAAGCAACGCGAGACAAACUCCACCUGAUCUCUCGUAAGAUUACCUCACUGCUCAGACGCUGUGAGGACAAUCUAGAAAUACUGGAGACUACCAUAGACCCUACGCAGUUUGAGAUUGAUAAGCCUGAAGACCAGCCCAUCACCCCCCAGCGAGCGGCCUUCCCACUGCAAGCCAUGGGUGACAUGAUGGGUGAGUUUGGUAGCACACCCAUGCUACGGUCUGGUACCCCGAUAUACACCAUCAGACACUUCACUGAUGCUGCUACUAAUACUGCACCGGAGGAUGACGUAGAUGCAGCUGCUAUUGUACCUGUCACCGGCGCUCCCGUCCACCGUCGACGGUCCCCGUUCAUCUCCAGAGCGUUGAGGGCAGCAUUGCCGCUCCACCUACUCAUGCUCCUCCUUCUGGGCGUGGCUUGUCUCGUACCCAUGACGGAGGAAGACUACAGCUGCACGCUGUCCAAUAAUUUUGCCCGGUCACUGCAGCCGAUGCUGAGGUUCACCAACGGCCCACCACCGAUCUAAAUAGGACUCUGCCCCAUUUUAGGAUGAUCGAGGGAUCAUCAAUGAUCUUGUGCAAUCUAUAUGUGUUACUUAAAAGUGGUUAAGACUCAUAACCACUGAUAUUUUAAACUAGACAGUUGUUACGAAUGCACCAAGUGAACUCUUACACUGGGCUAUCCGCCCCUUUUUUAAACCACUCCCCUUCAAAAGUCCCUUCCCAACUGACGUUAAAGCAGUAAUAUGUGAUCAGGGGAUGUAUAGUGCAUGUGAAUGCAUUUUUUGUUUAUUUCCUCAAUAAAUGCAGAAGCAUGUCUCAAUCUAAUCUGAGAAUACUCUGUUGCUACUAAGCUGAGAAAUGGCAACUAAGACUUUGCUACUAAUCUGAGAAAUUUUAUUCAAAGACUCAUUCUGAUAAACCGUGAGGAAUUUUUAUGCAGGAAUUUAUAUCCGGGCUUUGGUUAUGUUAAUACAACUCCUUAUAUGUAGCAACAUAUCUCUGACGUGAUUGGUAAUGACAAAACUGUUUGCUUUUUGUACUGUUAAAAAAAAUUGAUGCGGUUUAGAUCAUGGUUUGUAGUUUGAAACUAACAAUGGGUUGAAAUAGUGUGAACUGACUGUAACUAAGUAUUCAUGGUUUGAAUCUUGUAGGGGAAACUGUGUCGUUUUGAAAUAUCCGUAUUCAGAUUAUUUUUGUAUUCAGUUGUAUCUGAAACAAAACCAUAUUCUGAAAUCAAAUGCAAACGGAAUUCUAAAAUCAGGCUUGUCACAGAAAUUGAUAUUGGUUUUGCGUGCAUUGUGUGAGUGCAUUGUUAAUUUUAAGAAUUUCAUUUGAAAGUCUUUCGCUUUAUUUGUUUGAGGUUUUAUCUUAGUUUUCAAGUGUACUUUUUGCAUUUUUGGAUUUCCAACUUGAUGUAAUUCAACAUUUCAUUCAUUUCUGAAGUUAAUGCUAUUUUUACUUCCUGCGGUGAGUUCCUGCGGUGCACGUUUUUCAUUCUUAAAUUGAGUUAUUUUAGCAUGAUUAUCAGCAGCUUUUUAGUUAAGAUGAUAAUAUUCAUAAAAUAUUUUAGAGCACUCAGUAGAUCUUUACUGAUGAUGGUAUAUAAAAUCAUUUUACAGAUAUAUACUUCAACAUGUGUGCUAAGAUAAUUCAUUUUUUUUAAUGAAAAUUGAUUUUGGUCUUAUUAAAUUAUGUUUUGUGAUUUCUUUCAAAACGUUUUAACAUGGUAUAUGCCUGCUACCAACUGAAAGAAGUACUUGCCAAAAAUCGUGAAAAACAUGUGAUUCCUGAUUGCAGAAAAGAAAAAUAUUAAAAUUAAAAUUUGUGACUUGUUUUUUAUUGACGUGGGAUUUAAAUAUUUUUAUAUAGGUAUUCAAUUUUUUCAGAGUGUAUGUAGUUCAGUGCCCCUUAAUUUAUUUGUACAUUUGGAGUGUUGUAAAAAAAUGUAUAAAUAUUGCAAAAACGAAAUAAAAGCGAUCGUCGGUCACUGUUAUUUCCAUGAAUGUUUUUGGAAAGAUAUUUCGAAUGGCUAGAAUGUAGUUAUACAUUUUGCUUGGAAUUGACUAGAUUUUAAUGCAGGUUACAUUUUGUAAGCCCAUUUAGAACUCUUGUGUAGUUAUUUUUGUAAGCUAACGUAUUCGAUAUUUUGAGCUGUAAAUAUUAAUAAAAUAAUGCUGCUGAAUUGUAUAGGGUGUAUAGUACAAUAAACUGAUUCAUGCGUCAAAGGAAA